AUGAGGAACCUGAGACCCUCAGGCCCAGAACUCAACCUCAACCCCAGGAAUCAACCUAGGUCCCCAUCUCCCUCAGCCACAGGCCUGCGGGAGAUCCAUUCCACACAUCUCGUCUGUAGUAGGCUCCCAUGCGGCGUGCCCGGCACCAACCCCACCCUCGCAGAAGACAGACCUCCUCCUCCACCCCCAAAACCCGAGUUCCGUUCUCCAUCUGUCGAGGGUCCUUGGGGGACUGUGGAUGAGGGGCAGCUGAGACCAACGGUACUGGUCCGCUGUGCCAGUGGGCCUCCCCCCCGCAGACCCCAACUUGAGCCUCCCGCAGCCACCCGAAGCCCCCACCUAACCGCUCACGCAGAAACUUCCCUCUGGAACCCAGCCCUCCGGGAGCAUGACCAGCCCCCGCUGUUGCCCCCCAAAGAGGAAUACAUGAAGAGAAAGGUGAGGCCAGCUGGUUGUGCCCUUCUUGUAAAGUUGUUCAAUGGCUGCCCUCUCCGGAUCCACAGCACGGCGGCUUCGACACACCCCUCCAACAAAUACCAGCACUUACUCCUGGGAGCUGAGGAAGGCAUUUUCAUUCGGAACCGAAAUGAUCUGGAGGCCACGCUGGAGAUGCUCUCUUCUAGCCCGACUACCUGGGUGUUCUCCAUCAACCAUGUCCUCAUGUCUCUCUCAGGUCUGUCCCCCCACCUGUCUUCUCAUAGCAUCCUGGGCCUGCUGGAAUGGAAAGAGGCCACAGCAGGAGGCCCCACUCCUCACAUCAGUCCCCACCGGCUCCUAGCAAGGAAGAACAUGGUCUCCACUAAGUUCCAGGAUACCAAAGGUUGCCAGGCGUGCUGGGUGGCGGAGGGCGCUAGCUCCGGGGGCCCGUUCCUGUGUGGGGCAUUGGAGACAUCCGUGGUCCUGCUUCAGUGGAAGCAGCCCGUGAACAAGUUCCUGCUGGUCCGGAUAGGGGGCCUCGGCCCGCAGCAGGUGCUCUUCCCGCUACCCACGCCUCUGCCCGUGUUCUCACUGCUGACCGGGCCAGGCUCCGAGCUGCCCGCCGUGUGCAUCGGCGUGAGCCCCGGGCAGCCGGCGAAGUCGGUGUUCUUCCACGCCGUGCGCUUCGGCGCGCUCUCC